GCGGCGUUGCUUUCGCCCGAGGACUUCGGCGAUCUACUUUUGCACUCGCCUGGGCUGUUCCAUGUGUUUGUUGACUUGCCCCCAGCCCGAGGAUGAUUAUUCGAUGAUCUAGGUUCCUGUGAAAUACAACUCAGCAGCCCAAGUACUUUUGAGAACACGGGGCGGCAUAAACACCAAAACUUUUUUUUUUCCUCUCUCUCUCUCUCUCUCUCCCCCCUUAUUUUUUCUUUUUCUUCCUUUUUUUUUUUUCUUUUCCCUUUUUCUUUUUUUGUGCUGGAAGGAAAAUUGCACCAACCAAGCUUGCCGUUUUCCGAUGCGGUGUGGAGGGAGUGUGCGUCGCGCGUGUCCGCACCGGAGGCAUAUGCUUGUGUUGUGUGUGUGGACACGGGGUGUUUUCUUUUUUUUCGGCACUUAGGGAGAAAACGCUUGCCGACCACCGGAAAUCUCGUGGAAUUUAUUAGAAAAUAAUGGAUUAUAACAAGGAGACAGGCGAGGACCGGAUCUCCCCCUUGAGUUGCAACCCGAUUUGCUGCCGGCUCAGUUUGUUGUGAUUCUUUUUGUUGAUAGGUGUCUGAUGGUAUUCCGAUAACACCCCCCCCCUUGCUUUUUUUUUUUUUCUCCUUCGAGCUUUACAGUUUGAAAAAAAAAAAGGAAACAAGAAAAAAACCCACCCCAAAAUUUCUCCCCCCCACCUUUUAUUUUUUCACCCCGUCGGGAUCGCUGUUUCCAUCCAUGUGCUUGCGUCUCCCCCGCGUUCCACUUAAACUAUUUUAAUCCUUGGACCCAAGGAGGAGGCUGAUAAGGGGGGGGGGGGGCUGUGGAUAAAAAAAAAGUUCUUCCAAAAUAGUGUGCCCGGGGAGCAGGAUGGGGGAUUUCGCAGCCCCCGCCGCUGCCGCGAAUGGCAGUAGCAUUUGCAUCAACAGUAGCCUGAGCAGCAGCCUCGGCGGGGCCGGCCUCGGUGUGAAUAAUACUCCCAAUAGUACUCCCGCUGCUCCGAGUAGCAAUCACCCCGCUGCCGGAGGCUGCGGCGGCGGCUCCGGGGGCCCGGGCGGCAGCUCGGUCGUCGUCCCCAAGCACAGCACGGUGGUCGAGCGACUCCGCCAGCGCAUCGAGGGCUGCCGGCGGCACCACGUCAACUGCGAGAACAGGUAUCAGCAGGCUCAGGUGGAGCAGCUGGAGCUGGAGCGCCGGGACACCGUGAGCCUGUACCAGCGGACCCUGGAGCAGAGGGCCAAGAAAUCGGGCGCCGGCGCCGGCGGCAAGCAGCAGCAGCAGCAGCACCCCAGCAAACCCCAACAAGAUGCGGAGGCUGCCUCGGCGGAGCAGAGGAACCACACGCUGAUCAUGCUACAAGAGACUGUGAAAAGGAAGUUGGAAGGAGCCCGGUCACCACUUAAUGGAGACCAACAGAACGGCGCUUGCGAUGGGAGCUUUUCACCAACCAGCAAGCGCAUCCGAAAGGACGUUCCCACAGGGAUGGAAGCCAUCAACAAUCUACCCAACAGCAUGCCACUGCCUUCAGCUUCCCCUCUCCACCAGCUCGACCUGAAGCCUUCUUUGCCCUUGCAAAACAGUGGCACUCACACACCGGGGCUUCUAGAAGACCUAAGUAAGAAUGGUAGGCUCCCAGAGAUUAAACUUCCUGUCAAUGGCUGUGGUGACCUGGAGGAGAGCUUCACCAUCGUGCAGAGCAAGGACCUCAAACAAGAACCUCUUGAUGACCCUACUUGCAUAGACACAUCAGAAACAUCGCUUUCUAAUCAGAACAAACUGUUCUCUGACAUUAACCUGAAUGAUCAGGAGUGGCAAGAACUGAUCGAUGAGUUAGCCAACACAGUUCCAGAAGAUGACAUCCAGGACCUGUUCAAUGAGGACUUUGAAGAGAAGAAGGAGCCGGAAUUCUCACAGGCUGCCACAGAGACCCCUCUGUCCCAGGAGAGCACCAGUGUGAAGAGCGACCCCUCUCACUCUCCUUUUGCACACGCCUCCCUGGGAUCACCCCAGACCAGGCCCUCGUCCUCUGGCCCUCCCUUUUCCACCGUCUCGUCGGCCUCUGGCUUACCGUCUGUGGCCAGCACCCCCGCGGCUCCAAACCCGGCCAGCUCACCAGCAAACUGUGCAGUCCACUCCCCUCAAACUCCCAACCAAGGCCACGCUCCAGGCCAAGCCCCACCUCGGCCUGGCAAUGGAUAUCUCCUCAACCCAGUCGCAGUGACGGUAGCCAGUUCAGGGUCAGGCCCUGUGGUGGUCCCCAGCGCAGACAUGUCUCCGGCUGAACAGCUCAAACAGAUGGCUGCCCAGCAGCAGCAGAGGGCCAAGCUGAUGCAGCAGCAGCAGGAGCAGCAACAGCAGCAGCAGCAGCAUUCAAAUCAGACUUCAAGUUGGUCUCCCUUGGGACCCCCAUCUAGUCCUUAUGUGACAGCUUUCCCCACGGAAAAACCAAACAGCCCCAUGAUGUACCCCCAAGCCUUUAACAACCAAACCCCGACAGUGCCUCCAAUGGCAAACAACCUACAGAAGACCAUGAACUACCUCCCUCCAAAUCACAUGAAUAUGAUCAAUCCUCCGCCCAAUAACUUGGGCACCAACACCUUAAGCAAACAGCACAAUAUUCUCACAUACGGGAACACUAAACCACUGACCCACUUUAACGCGGACUUGAGUCAGAGGAUGACACCCCCUAUGGCCAACCCCAACAAGAACCCCUUGAUGCCGUACAUCCAACAGCAGCAGCCGCCGCAGCCCCAGCAGCAGCAGCCGCAGCAGCAGCCACAGCCACCGCCACCUGCACCACAGAUCCAGGCCCCCAGGGCGCACCUGAGCGAGGACCAGAAACGCAUGCUGCUCAUGAAGCAGAAAGGAGUGAUGAAUCAAGCCAUGGCCUACGCUGCGCUUCCCUCCCAUGGCCAGGAGCAGCACUCAGUGGGACUUCCCCGGAACACAGGCCCUAUGCAGUCCUCAGUUCCGCAGGGCUCAGGAAGCAUGGUCUCAGGUGCCAGUCCUGGGGCUCCUGGCUUCUUAAGCAGCCAGCCCCAGGCAGCCAUCAUGAAGCAGAUCCUGCUAGACCAGCGGGCCCAGCUGAUGGAGCAACAGAAGCAGCAGUUCCUGCGGGAGCAGAGGCAGCAGCAGCAGCAGCAGCAGCAAAUUCUGGCUGAGCAGCAGCUGCAGCAGCCUCACCUUCCCCGGCAGCACCUCCAGCAGCAGCGGAGCGCGUUCCCGGUGCAGCAGGUCAAUCAGUUUCAAGGCUCACCCCAGGACAUAGCAGCCGUGCGAAGCCAAGCAACCCUCCAGAGCAUGCGAACGUCACGGCUGAUGGCCCAGAACACGGGCAUGAUGGGAAUGGGGCCUUCCCAGACCCCGGGGACAAUGGCCACAGCAGCGGCCCAGUCAGAGAUGGGACUGGCUCCCUACAGCACCCCUCCGACCAGCCAGCCGGGAAUGUACAACAUGAGCACAGGAAUGGCCCAGCUGAUGCAGCACCCAAACCAAAGCGGCAUGAGCAUGCCACACAGCCAAGGCCAGGGACCGCGGCAGCCUGCCUCUGGCCAAGGCGCAGGAAUGGUGGGUGGCUUCGGGCAAAGCAUGCUGGUAAACUCAGCCCUUUCUCAGCAACACCAGCAGCUGAAAGGCCCAGUGGGCCAAGCCUUGCCUCGAGCCCAAGGGCCCCCACGGCUUCAGAGCAUCAUGGGAACGGCCCAGCAAGGAGCGCGAAGCUGGCCACAGAGAGGCGUGCAGGCGAUGCCCACGAGGACUAGUGGAGACCUGGCACCGUUCAACAAUGGCACCGGCUACCCACUUCAAGCUGGCCAGCCAAGGCUCACCAAGCAACACUUCCCACAGGGGCUGAGUCAGUCGGUCAUGGACGCUAACACCGGUGCAGUGAGGACCCUGAAUCCAGCUGCUAUGGGGCGGCCGAUGAUGCCACCGCUGCCUGGACAGCAAGGCACCGGCCAGGUGAGGCCGUUGGUCAUGUCUGGCCAAGGUGUCUCCGGCAUGCCCGCAUUCAGCCAGACCCCAGCACAGCAGCAGAUGCCUGUGGGCAACUUUGCCGCGGGCAGCCAGGGCCAGGCUUAUGAGCGGAACCCCACUCAGGACAUGCCAUACAGUUACAGCGGGGAGGGUGCCGCGGCCUCCUUCCCGGGCCUCACUGACAGCCCCGACCUUGUAGACUCCAUCAUGAAAGGGGGCCCCGGGGACGAGUGGAUGCGAGAGCUUGAUGAACUCUUUAGUAACCCCUAGUCUAGAGGGGAUCGAGAGGUACAGCGGGAGUCGGGGAGAGCUUCGCGAGAGAAAAAGAAACAGGAUGCUAACCCAUCCUUGUUUUUUGUGUUGUUUUUUUGACCCACGUACACUAAGAAAAUAGAGCUGGCUGAGAGUGGAAGAUCCAGGUGUGGAGGCUCAGCCCCACGGGGCCUCACUCCACCUGAUUUUCACACAGCAAUCGAGAGGAGAUGCCAUGCAGAGCCCUGCUGCAGAGAAGGGGCGUGGAGGGCGAGUGGGGAAGUCAAGGCAGCAGGAGCUCCUCUGCUCACUACCCCUGUGUCCGCCUGGUCCGGUAAUAGCAGCUCCAGCUCAGAGGGACUGUAGGCCAAGGUGACAUUCCCUUGGACCCUCCUGUCCCAGGUCCCAAGACUGCAGCUUUGGAGAGGAGAGAUGGAGCCUCGCCUGGAGAGAGCCCUGUAGAGGCUGCUAGGUGGCACACAGGCCACCUGCGUCGGUCCCAGGUGUUCCCAACGCUGGGAUGGGGAAAGAGAAGUCCAAACACACUCCCGGGACCAGAGGCCCGGGCACAAAGAGCAGAGAGCUGGCCCCAUGGAGGCAAGCAAGGAUCCUACAGACCUUUCUGUCUCCGGCCCUGCAGUGGCCCUCAGGAAUGACAUGGCAUUGCUGCUGGAAAGCCAGCUAUGCUUGAGAAGGUCCCGCCUAGAAGUCCCUCCAGGCAGAUUCUGCUGGUGGCCGUAGGGGCGGUCACUCCUGGGUUGGAUGAGCCUCUUGGGAUCUCCAUUCGAUCUGACACUCUCAAGUGGUUCUCACCCACUGAGCAGGUGGAGAGAUCCCUGCUACAAUCUGUUCACUGCCAGAGAGAUUGCCUUCCUCCUCAACCACUGCUUCUACUCUUCCUGGAUCCCAGCCUGCCUUCCCUUCUCCUUACAGAUUUCCAAGAAGUGAAGCUUCGAGCAGAGUCAGAAAUACCCAUAAGAACAACUGAGACAGUGUUGAAAUGCAGACGUAGCUCCAGGGCUGUCUUCGUCCAGCACGCGUACAGUCAAACAGCUCCUCUCAGAACCAAGUGGGCUGCACUAGUGUCCGGAGCCAGUUUCUAAGAGCCACACCCACACUGCUCAUUGCUCCAGGGAGGAACGGCCUGGAGGGCACCAAGUCUGGUGGUUCCCUUUGGACCAUCCAAGGGUGGUGACUGCCCAAAAUUAGUUUUGCUCAUCAGAAAGACAGAUAUCAAGUCCUAGAGAUGAAGAGCAGAAACCUCAAUAGCUCCACCUUGCAAAUAUGAUGGAAAAAGGGAGAAGAUAUGAUGGUACCUUUCCCAAGAGCAAUCGACCUCAAAAGCUCUGAUGAGCUGUUCUCUGUGUAACUUGGCCAUUUCUUCCCUAAGUGAAAUCAUCAACGGGGAGAGGCCAGCAGCCUCCACUGUCACGAGUAGUGUCCUCUCCUGUAGUCCUGUUUUGGAGGUCACGUGGCCCUUGUCCACCAUGUGUGCUUUCCUCCCGUGUCCUACAUACUGGCUUUCUUCUGUGCAUUCGUUCACACAGACCUCGCCACAGAAGGUCAGGGCUGGCGGGGGUGCAGUGGCCAGACCUGGGGAAGUCCAGAGAUGCUGGGGCAGAGGGUUAUGGAGGAGAGAAAUGGCCCUUGACUCAUUCUCCAUAUGCCAAGGGUUUUAGACUUGCUCAGUAAGGGACACAAGGUAAAGCCAGAGGCACCAGGUUGAUGGGCCAUGGACCUCUCUCCAAAGAGUUGGUGGCGGGGUGACUGUGAACUCCCUGAAUGGCCACCAGGGAAACCGAGUGGAAACAUACAUGAAAACCAAAAAUAAUAAUAAAUAAUAAUAAGUAAACAAAUGAGAAGAGAUAGAAUACAUAAUUAUCACUUUUUCCUGCCAGGUACAGGAAAGAAAUAUAUAAGCAAUGAUGAGAAACUGGAGGCCAAUGGAGAGAGGGGCCUCCUUUAUCUUAUAAAGCCUCCUCCAAGUGCUCAGUACGGGGACCAACUAAUAGAGAGGUAGAUUUUAAUAAGAUUUUGUUUUGUUUUUACUACGGUGCUGAUGUAUAUGUAAUGUCUAAAAAAAGUUAUUUGUACAUAAGUUUUUACAAUACUACAGAUAUCACUGGGUCUACUAGCUGUAAAAAGUAUACAUAUAAAAUAUAUAUAUAUAUAUACUGUUUGUUUAAAAAUAGAGUAUUUUUAUUUCAUUCCUUAACUCAUCAUCGCAGCCGUGGCAUUACACUUCAGAUGACAUCUAAUGACUAAUUUGUACUGUAUGACCUCUGGCAACUUGCUCCAUUUUAUUCAGAUUUUUCUAGUUUUCUGUUUUUACUUUGUACAUUGAGCAUCGCUUAUUUCCUUUCAAGAAAUGUACAGAACUCUGAAAUGUAGAAAUGAAGUGAUGUUGGCAUACCACUUUUAAA